AACGCAUCACACAUUCUUACAUAAGUACUCAUUUUCUCUCUCCUCAAUUCCAUCUCCUCCGCCGCCGAAUGCUGCUACUGUCCCCGGCGACACUCUCGCCGCCGGUACUUACACCAACUCCACCGCCCUACAUUCUGAAACCCUAAACUCAAUACCCUUAUUUUGAUAUUUUCCCUCCCCUUAAACCUCAACAUCAACCGCUGUUAACAAUGCCGAUUCAAUCUGUACUCUUGCUUCUCUCCUCUCUUUUCUUCUUCUUCUUCUUCUUCUCCUCCACCAACGGCGCCGCUGACGACGCUGCUUCUCUUCUCGCUUUCAAAUCCGCCGUCUCUCGCGACAGCUCUAACCUCCUUUCGAGCUGGUCUUCGUCGACUCACCAUUGUAAAUGGCGCGGAAUCUCCUGUGAUUCUGUGAGUGGUAGAGUUGUUUCUGUGAAUCUCACAUUUUCGAAUGGAAAUGGGUCACCUGUUCUCGCCGGAACCCUAGAUUCUUCUGUCGGAAACUUGACGGAGCUUAGGGUUUUAUCGCUUCCGAACAAUGCAUUCUCCGGCGAGAUUCCUUCCAAAAUCGGAGAGUUGCGGCAUUUGGAGGUGGUUGAACUUCAGGGGAAUAAUUUCUCUGGGGGAAUCCCUAAUGAGAUAAGCAAUCUUUCUUCAUUUUCGCUUCGUUUGCUUAACUUGUCGUUUAAUUUUCUCACUGGGAAGGUUCCGGGCAGAUUAAUUGGUUCUGGGAGAAUUAGGGUCGUUGAUUUGUCUGAUAAUCAGCUUUCUGGUAAGAUUAAUGUAGGUCAUGAUUGUUUGUUCCUUGCGCAUUUGAAGCUUUCGAAUAAUUUUCUGGUUGGUAAUGUUCCUACUGAGAUUGGGAAAUGUUUGAAGUUGAGGACAUUGUUGCUUGAUGGGAAUAUCUUGGAAGGUAGUAUACCUCGAGAGAUUGGUCGACUUUCAGAACUUAGGGUGUUGGAUGUUUCUAGAAAUAGUCUUACAGAUAUGAUUCCUAGGGAGCUUGCAAAUUGCCGGAAGUUGGCUGUUCUCGUACUGACCAACUUGGUGGAGUAUAGUGAUGAUAGAUCAUUGGAUAUUUUUAGGGGCGAGUAUAAUGCAUUUGUGGGAGGGGUUCCUGAAGAGGUUUUUAUGAUUCCUGCUUUGCAGGUUUUCUGGGCACCUAGAGCAAAUAUUGGUGGUCGCUUGCCUAGGAAUUGGACUAAGUUUUGCUCCCUGAGAGCUCUUAAUUUGGGUCAGAACUAUAUAGAUGAUAUUAUACCUGAGGGUAUUGCAAUGUGUACAAAUUUGACUUUUUUGGAUUUAAGUUCAAAUGGUCUUUCUGGGAACUUUCCUACGCAGCUUCAAGUUUCAUGCAUGGUGUAUUUGAAUGUUAGUUGGAACUCGCUUUCUGGCUCUCUUCUACCGUUGCUCAAUCACAAUUGUGGUAGAGGCUUAAACUUGAAGGAGAAUGGUUUGUAUUCUCUCGAUGAAGAAGAUGCUCGAAGUGUUUACUUCCAUGUCUACAUGUGGGAUCCUCAAUUGAAUGGUCAACCUGAUGUGAAGUCAGAUGACAAGCUGGUGAUAAAACAUGAUUUUGGGUGUAAUAACUUCACUGGUUCGUUGCCUUUAUUUUCUUUGUCAAAUGGGUUGUUUGUUUCCAGUGGUAAUGUAUCAUAUGAACUUUUGUUGAAUGGUAAUGGCUUCAAUGGAUCUCUUCCUGGAAAGCUGUUAUCUGGUUGUCAAAACCUUCAUAGCGUUUCUGUGAAUCUGACCGCCAACCAUAUAUCUGGGGAGAUAUACCGGACACUGCUUCAAGAUUGUUUGGAGCUAACAAGUUUUGAAGUUGCGCAGAAUCAGAUGCAAGGGUCAAUUUCGUCAGGGAUCAGCAACUUGCAUAUGCUCAGUCAUCUUGAUUUAAGAGAAAAUCAGUUAACUGGGCCACUACCUAAGCAGUUGGGAGACUUGAAAACUCUGAAAUCACUAUUUCUUGGCGGGAACAACUUCACUGGGGGAAUUCCUCUACAUCUAGGUCAAUUGACUUCCCUUGAGGACUUGGAUCUCUCCAGAAAUAAUCUCAGAGGUCCAAUUCCUAGUGCAUUGGCAAAUGCAACCAAUAUAAAAGUUCUUUUGUUGGAUCACAAUGUGCUUACUGGUGACGUACCUUGGUCAUUCUCUUCCUUGUCCCAUCUUGUGGAGUUGGAUGUUUCAUUCAACAAUCUCACAGGUCAUAUUCCACACCUUCAAAAUAUAAGUGAUUGUGAAAGAUUCAGGGGGAAUAGGUUUCUGCAUUCAUGUCCUGAUCCAUAUUCUGUACCACCAGCUGGUCUGCCAGUUCCACUUGAAGUUGAGAAUGUGCACCAUCGAAGAAAAGUGAAAUCCUUAAUAAUUGCAGCAGUCAUUUCUGUGUCGGUUGUAGUUAGUGUUCUCCUGAUGAUAGUGCUUGGGCUUAUUUUUGGUAAAAAGAAGUUGGGGAGACUCACUUGUCUUAGAAGAAAAGUAGUUGUGACUUUUGCUGCUACCCCUGUUGAAUUGACUUAUGAUAAUGUAGUCAGUGCAACAGGAAAUUUCAGCAUUCGAAAUUUGAUUGGUACUGGUGGCUUUGGGUCAACUUACAAGGCUGAACUAGUCCCAGGUUAUCUUGUAGCUGUUAAAAGGUUGUCCAUAGGUAGAUUCCAAGGUAUCCAACAGUUUGAGGCAGAGAUUAAGACAUUAGGUAGAGUUAGACAUAAGAAUCUGGUUACCCUAAUUGGAUAUUAUGUAGGAGAUACUGAAAUGUUUUUGAUUUACAAUUAUCUUUCGGGGGGAAACCUCGAGACAUUUAUACAUGAUAGAUCAGCAAAAAAUGUCAAAUGGCCAGAAAUUUACAAGAUAACAGAUGAUGUAGCUCAUGCCCUUGCCUACCUUCACUAUUCAUGUGUUCCUCGAAUAGUUCAUAGGGAUAUCAAGCCUAGCAAUAUUCUGCUUGAUGAGGAGCUGAAUGCCUAUCUGUCUGACUUUGGGUUAGCUCGGUUGCUUGAAGUUUCUCAAACCCAUGCCACAACUGAUGUGGCAGGCACAUUUGGUUAUGUGGCACCAGAGUAUGCGAUUACAUGUAGGGUUUCAGACAAAGCUGAUGUUUACAGUUUUGGUGUUGUGCUUUUAGAGUUGAUGUCUGGGAAGAAGACUCUUGAUCCAUCAUUUUCCGAGUACGGUAAUGGGUUCAAUAUUGUUGGAUGGGCCAUGUUAUUGAUGGGCAAGGGGCGGUGUUCUGAGUUCUUUUACUCAGAAUUGUGGGAAUCAGGGCCUGAGGAGAACUUGUUGAAGAUGUUGCAGCUUGCAUUGUCAUGCACUGUGGAAUCACUUGCUAUUAGGCCGUCAAUGAAACAGGUUCUUGAGAAAUUGAAACAACUGAGUUCCUGAAGGAUGAUGUGAGUGUUAAAUAAUAACUUCAUAAGCAUCUUGGAAAAAAGCUUGUGACAGAUACGGUUAUUAAGAUAGCAUAUUCAAGCAUUGAAUUAUAGACAAGUUCAGCGGAAGGCAAGGGGGGAAUUUCAUAGUUUUGCCUUAAGAAGUAUUACAGCUCUCUAAAGUUGAUCUCUAUUUCUUCUAGCAUGCUCAGAUGAAUUUGACAAUUUUGGCCACGCUUAUAGGAUUUUCCGCCCAUGCCUAGCCAGGUUGAGCGAUCCCCAGCUUAAGCCUUUGCUUUCGUUGAACUAUCCCCAAAUUUUGAGAUUUCACUGGGGGGUCAUUCAGUGUACUAUUUCACAUCAAACGAGUAGGGAGUGGAGGAGAAAUUGAAGGCAAUGCGCUGUCAGCUUUGGUGAAAGUGAACAGGGAAACAACGGGUGAAACUGAUUCCAAGAUUAGCAGCUGCAUAGAUAAAAGAUGUCCAAGAGAAGCAUUGGUAGUGACUGUUGCAUGAUUAUGGCAUAGCACAUUCAAAAGACUUUCUGUCAUAUUAUGCACUAGUCUUCUCAAUGAAAAUCUGCAGUUUCCAAAAAGUUCCCUAUUUAUGAAUUAUGACAAUAUGCAUUGUACUAAGUAAAGGAAAACUCCUAAACUUGCUUACAGAAAAAUGUUGGCAUUUGAAUUA